AUGAUGGGUGAGUUUGCAGCAGAAGAGUGGCUUGAAAGAUCUGUUCGAAGGAGCAGAGAUGCUUACAGCCGGAUCAAAAUGAACUUGACAGUACGUGGAAAGGAUGUGAUCGUUUCCUCAAAGUACAAGGAGCCUGUAGAAAGAAUCAAGGAAGUAAUUAAAGCACUUGAUGGAAUAGAAAGAGCAAAGUCUGUUCUAAUGCUAGACGGGGCCUCGAGCAUACCAGAGAAAAAAGUGCAGGAGUACAAAGAAUACAAAGAGAUAGCACAAGAUCUAAAAGCCUAUAGGAAAACAGAAAUAAUUUCAAGCCUUCUUGAGCGAGUAAACGAGCGUCUGCAGGAAAUAGAAAACUCUCUAAAUGAGCUGAGCAAGAAGAGGCUAGUUUCUUCCCUUCAAGGGAAAAGCCAGGAAAACUGGGCAGAGUUUUUAGUUGACAAAGAUCGAAAGACACAGCUGUUUCUGGUGUUGGUCGAGAAGUAUGCAGAAACAGUGGUGAAGCACAAUAUAAAGGAGGACUCUGCUGCGAUAAGCACCAUGGUGGUGGAUAUUGAAAUACUUGCAAAAAGAGGAUUUGCAGAAGAGCAGGUGUCUUCUGUCAUUCAAGGCAUAAACAAGUUUAUUGGGAUGCAGAUUGUUCACCAUAUUGGAAAGCAGUGCUACAUCUUUAUUAAGAGUCUCAACGCGCCAAUACGAAAGCUAGAGGAAUUUUUGGAGUUUAUUUGUGGGUUUCUAUCUUCUGAAAUUGAGGGUGUUAUGAAGAAGCAGAGAAUCCAUGCAAAGGUCCGCAAACUGGUUGUAGACGCGUACAAAACUCUGUACACGGAGGCAGAAGAGCAGUUUAUAACGGGUGCAGUAAACCAGAAAAGGCUGCUCGACAGAGACCUUUUCUAUCUAAUAGAGUCUCUCUAUCAGGCCGAGAAGAUCAAGGGGUUUCUGGAUAUAAAGCAGCACCUUCAGCGAAAGCUAGGGGAGUUCUAUAAAAUAUCAGAAAAGAAAGCAAAAAGAACGACAUCAAAGCUAGAGAGUCUUAUAUUUUCUCUCAACUCAGCUGCAAUAAUUAACACUAUAAAGCACAAGAAGAUAGAAACAGAUGAAAUAGCGCAAGAGGUGGCGCAGGAGAUGCGAAGAAAAGUGGAAAAGGCAGUAGACGCUCCAGAGGUUAAAAAUAAGAUAGGAGAGCUGCUGAAGCACAUUGAAAGAGCAUAUGUCAAAGCAAAGCACUACAAUCUUCCUGGGGAGCACAAGGCAUACAUUGUGCUAGAGUAUAAAAAAACUGUUCGAGAGAUAGGAAACAGAUUUGGAGGGCUUGACGAUGUGAGUGACUCGCAUCUUUCUUCAAUAAUUGAGGGGUUCUUUAAUGGUCCAGAGCGAAAAAUACUAAAGUAG